ACCAACAACCAAUCCACCACAAAGUCCUUAAACAGCCUAUAUCUCACCGAAGACAUGGGGGGCAAGACUGGAAACAAGGCCGGCUACUUCGACAAGCUCAAGGGCUUGCUCGAGGAGUACAAGACCAUCUUCAUCGUCGCCGUCGACAAUGUCUCGUCGCAGCAAAUGCACGAGAUCCGUCAGUCGCUGCGUGGUGAGGGUGUCGUGCUGAUGGGCAAGAACACCAUGGUCCGCCGUGCGCUCAAGACCUUCAUGCCCGACUUCCCCGAGUACGAGCGUCUUCUGCCUCACGUCAAGGGCAACGUCGGCUUCAUCUUCACCAACGGCGACCUCAAGGCCACCCGUGAGAAGAUUCUCGACAACCGUGUCGCCGCCCCUGCCCGUGCUGGUGCCGUCGCUCCCGCCGAUGUGUACGUCCCAGCCGGAAACACUGGUAUGGAACCCGGAAAGACCUCUUUCUUCCAGGCUCUCGGUGUCCCCACCAAGAUCGCUCGUGGUACCAUUGAAAUUACCUCCGAUGUCAAGGUCGCCGAGGCUGGUAGCCGUGUCGGAGCCUCCGAAGCCACCCUCCUGAACAUGCUGAACAUCUCUCCUUUCACCUACGGUAUGAGUAUUGCUCAGAUCUACGACCAGGGACAGACCUUCGACGCCUCUGUUCUCGACAUUGAGGAGAGCCAAUUGCUCAAGGCUUUCAGCUCUGCCAUCACGGCCAUCACCUCCAUCUCGCUUGCCACCAACUACCCAACUCUGCCAUCCGUUGUGCACAGCUUGGUCAACAGCUACAAGAACGCCAUCUCCAUCGCCAUCGAGACCGAGUACGAGUGGGAGUCCAUCCACGAGCUCAAGGACCGCAUCGCCAACCCCGAUGCGUACGCCGCUGCUGCACCUGCAGCUGCUGCGGCCCCUGCUGCUGGUGGCGACGCUGCCCCAGCCGCGGCCGCCAAGGAGGAGGAGAAGGAGGAGUCUGAGGACGAAGACAUGGGUUUCGGUCUCUUCGACUAAGCGUGUCGCCGGAAAAUCACGAAUGAUUGCAAAGAGGUGGUCUUCCAUACUGCGUGUCGGCUCAGAUCAGCCGACUAUGAAUGAAAGCACAACUUCCGCCGCGGAACCUUUUUUCCAAUGUGAUGCUGCGAUGUGUUGCCGUGACACUUUCCUCUGCUGGAGACACAUACUGACAGUAGCAUCCGUGCCACAGAUCAUCUUCCUGACAGCAUUAUUGACCUGCGAGAACACAGCCCAAGCCUGCGUCGUUCAUCAGCUGGUGUAGCAGAAUACUCUGAACAAGAUGAAAUUUCACUCGGCACCAAAUGCUCUGUAACGACCACUGCCCUGAGUCCUCUCCACUACGCCUGAUCCCAGUCCACUGAUACCGCCUCGAUAUGCCGUGAUGGCUUUUGUCCCAAUGCAGUGAAGAUCCAGCAGCGGUUCGUCCUGCAGCAUUCGUGCAAUUUCUGUAUUCAGCUCAGAGCUGUGCUUCCAACAACCGCGGUAAAAGUCCUCCGAUGAUGAGCGCAAGGUUCAAUGUAGUCUGCCAAGCCACAAUGACUUUAGCUCAUAUCAAAAACUAUAUAUCCUUGUCCCUGUGAACCC